CAAAACAUUGCCCCGCAUGAGGAAGUGCUAAUUAUUUUAGCAUAACAGCUAAAAGUCGCAGCUCAGUCAAGGUGGCCGUCCGCUUUUAAUACGAAUAAAUGUUAGUAAAUGCAUAUAAGUUUGUUGACAGCACCGAAAUCUAACAUAUAUAUGUGGACAUGCCACAGAAAGAUCCGUGUCAGAAGCAAGCGUGUGCGAUUCAAAAGUGUCUCCAAGAGAACCGGUACGUGGAGAGCCUGUGUGAGGAUGUGAUCCGGGAGAUGCGCCGCUGCUGUCGGACGCAGACGGCCGAAACCUCCGUGUGCUGCUCCGGCUUCUCCAAGGAGCACAAGCCCGCAGAGAGCCAGGCCCCUGCACAGCACCAUGAGUCAUGACAUGGCCUGAUACCGUGGAUCUGAACACUGGGAGAACAUUAUAUUUAAUAUAAUGUAACACUGUGUCAAAGCUUUAUUCAAUAUGAGUAAAUUAUCGGGAGUUGACUGAGUGAAA